ACAUCAAGUUCUUUAAAGAGAAACUUUGAACAACGCCGCUACGUGCGUGGGGUGGGGGUGGGGGCUGUGGCCGGGAGGCGCUCCCUUCUGCAUUACCUGGCGGAUGAACGAGUCCUGAGGCGAUUGCGGGUCGGACUCGGAACCACCGGUCACCUCACAUUGGACAGCUGGUCGCGAAAACGCACUCUGGACACAGAAGGGGUGCAUGAACAAGAGAAGCCGUGUGGGCAGGAGUCACCGUUUCUCGGUCGUUGAGGGAGGAAGUUUAACCCGAGCUCGCCUGGUUGGAUAUUGUCUUUUUUGCAUGUUUAGUUUGUGUAUUUUCGAGUCUCCAUUUCCGGAUGGAAGAGGAGCCGAGGCUGCGCGCCCUCUUCCACGCUUGCGACGUGAAUAAUUCCGGGCGUAUCGAGUAUGAGGAAUUUUUCACGGUCUGUUUGGAGCUACAAGUAGGAGAGUCCGAGAUCGACGCUAUCUUCGACAAGCUCGACUCCAACAGAGACGGCUGCAUCAACUUCCGCGAGUUCGCCGAAGGCUUUCACGAAGUUUCCGAGAUGAUAAACUUGGACGCUUUGAGCGUCGAGCCCGACUGGGACGAAUUCCAGCAGAGGCUGGGCGAAGAAGCCAGGUUUAUCCCAAGACCCCAGCAAGUUGCUGCCCUUUACCAGAACCUAAAAUCAGCAGAGCCCAGGCUGAUUCGGCAAUAUGAAUGUGUGAUCAAGAACUUUGUUCGAGAUAUCAUGUUGCAGAACACAGAACUGGAUAAACUAGCAUGUACUAUGAAAAGGACACAGGACGAGGCUGCACAGCAGGUGAGUGAGCUCGAAGAGGAUAUUGAUCAGCAAAUAAAGACUGCAGUUGAGGAGUGCCAAAAAGAGGAACAAAGAAAAGCAGAAUUGACUCUCAUUGAGCUACAAAAUCAAUAUGAUGCCAAUAUAAAUGAACUUCAGCAAACAAUUACAAAACUGAAAAAGUUAGAAGAACAAUACAGAUCUGUUAGUCCAAAGGAUAAGAACAUUGCACUAAAAAGAAAAUUCAAUGAUCUCACACUAGACAACGAUAAAUUGAGGAAAGACUUACUUGAGGCACAAACAGACAUAAUGUUGCUGCAGAGCGAAGUAGAUACCCUGAAAAGUGAUAAUAUGAAUCAGAGUUUGAAUUUAGAAAGGGAUCAAGAUGUGGUUCGAGAGUACGUAGAGGAUAGAAACAGCCUAACUCGACAAAUUGAAAUGCUCCAAUCAGCUAAUCAAAAACUUCACGACAGCAAUGAUGGCCUACGAUCCACUCUUGAAAGCAGUUUAAGCAAGUAUAAUAGAUCUUUGCGAGCUUCAAAUUCCUCGCCAGGACCUGUAUUCAGAAGUAGUCCGAAACACUGCAGUUGUCAUUCUCCUCAGACGUUAUAUGACGGAUCCACAUCCUCUUACCCAGGUGAAGACUACGAGUCUCUAGCUGCAUGUGACCCCAUGCGCAGAAUCAGCUGUGAAGUUGAGAGCUUAACUGAGAGCUGUUUUGAUAGUGGGAUGUCCACAUUGAGAGAUUCAAAUGAAUAUGAUUCGGAAGCUGAAUCCAAGCAUCAAAUACAUUUUGAAAAGUCACAAUGUACUCGAGAUGCCUCUGAAUGUGAUGCCUCUGACACAGAUGUGCCUGAAAUCCGUGAUGAAGAAGCAUUCAGUCAAGAUAGUACGAACACUGUUCUGGAGUGGAAGUCAUCUCCGGCGUCGAGGUGGAACAACUCUGGAAAUGGUUCAUCACAUCGUUCUACUCCUACCGAUUCUCCACGGGUGCCUCAAAUCCAGAUUGAUGAUGACUUCAAUCAGGAUGAUAGAAACACCGAUGUGGAGUCGGAAUCUUCCCACACAGUGAGCCGGAGCAAUUCUGGAGCAUCUUCUACACGGCGCUGUAUCUCUGCCUUUUCAACACAGCCUAAUAAUACGAGUGGAAAUAUCAAACCUGCCCAGUCGAGCAAAUCCUUCAAGAUAGUACUUGCUGGGGAUGCAGCGGUAGGCAAAUCAAGCUUCCUUCUGCGACUCUGCAAAAAUGAGUUCCGUGGCAAUGGCAGUGCCACCUUGGGAGUUGACUUUCAGAUGAAAACUUUGGUUGUAGAUGGAGAGCAAACAAGUUUGCAAUUGUGGGACACUGCAGGCCAAGAAAGAUUUCGGAGUAUUGCCAAGUCGUACUUCAGACGUGCGGAUGGUGUUUUAUUGCUAUAUGAUGUCACCUGUGAGAAAAGUUUUCUCAAUGUACGUGAAUGGGUCGACAUGAUUGAGUGUUCAACCAACGACACCAUACCCAUUAUGUUGGUGGGGAACAAGGUGGACCUGAGAGACCGAGCAAUGCUAGAGGGGCAGAAAUGCAUCCCCACUAAUUAUGGGGAGAAGCUGGCUAUGACCUACAAAGCGCUCUUCUGUGAAACAAGUGCCAGGGAAGGUUCCAGCAUUAUUGAAGCAGUCCUUCACCUUGCAAGAGAAGUGAGGAAAAGAGGUGACAGAACUGAUGUGGACUCUGUAAAAAAUUUGUCCAACAAUUAUUUGAACAAGAAGCCACCUGUGAAAUACUGCUGCACUGCUUGAAAACUAUGAGGACUCGUGAUUUGAAGUGCACAACACUACAUGUUUGUUUAUUUUGUACUCCAGAUACAUAAUUUAGCACUUUUAGGAAUUUUGAAAUAUGAAUGUUAAGAAAUGAAUUAAAAAUAUGAAGUUGAACAAAUGAGACGAGUUUGAAGAGCAAGAUUAAAUGAGAAUUAGAAAUAAAAUGCAUUUAAUUAGUUUAUUCUAAUAUGCACCAUUGAGUUCAUUCUGCCUCCAUGGUCAUUGUGAGCCCGUUAUAUAGUUGUUUCAAAAGUACAAUCUCAAUUAUUAUGUGUAUAUAGUGGUCAUAUUUGCAUUUCAAGUCGAGAUAUUUUGAAUAAAAAUAACUUUGCUGCUUUUUAAUGUUAUUUUGACUCCUGUUACCUCCACCCAUCUAUUUAUUCUGUUGAAAAACUAUUGUAAACUCAACCUUUACAGAACAUUUUACAACACUUAAUGUAAAUAAAAUUAUUUUUGAGAGAAUAUUAAGCUGUUAUGUUGAA